AUGUCCGGCCUCUUCUCCGCCGACAUGUCCGGCCUCUUCCCCCCCGCCAUGUCCGACCCCUUCUCCGCCGUCAUUAUCGGAGCAGCUAAACAUACACACAGCCAAAGGGCCUCCUGUGUUGCCGCUGCUCCUGAGAAGCUGUCCAGCCAUCAAGCCUCGCUGUGGGGCGACUACUUCCUCAAUUACCAGCCAAAACCACUCAAGAGAUCAGAGAAAUGGAUGGCUGUGAGAGCUGAUGAACUAAAGGAGGAGGUCUGUGUAUUGUUUAAGACUUGCAACCACACGAUGGAAAUGAUAACAUUAUGUGACACCGUCCAACAUCUCGGAAUUGAUCACCACUUCAAAGUGCAGAUUGAUGUUGUGUUGAGGGACAUCCUCGAGAGUGAGUUAUGUAGCUCUAGCCUCCACGAAGUUGCUCUCAGGUUUCGUUUGCUUAGAGAACAUGGUCUUUGGGUAUCUCCAGAUGUUUUCAACAAAUUCAAGAAUGAAGAUGGGAGCUUCAGGGAAGAUAUUACCAGUGACCCAAGGGGACUUUUAAGUCUAUACAAUGCAGCUCAUCUUCUCGUUCAUGGUGAGCCAUCACUACAAGAAGCCAUCUCUUUUGCAAGGCAUCACCUUGAAAUGAUGAGAGACAGUCUCAAGUCCCCUUUAGCCGAGCAUGUUAAGCGUGCUUUGGAUGUACCAUUUCCGAGGACAGUUAAGAGGGUAGAAACAAGGUAUUAUAUCUCGGAGUACAAACAUGAGGAAGGAAAUAACCCAACUCUACUGGAGCUCGCGAAGCUGGAUUUUAACCUUCUACAGCAUGUCCACUUGAAGGAACUCCAGUAUCUUACCAAGUGGACGGAUGAUUUUUACGAUUAUGUAGGGACAAACUAUGUUCGAGAUCGUUUGGUGGAGAGUUACUUUGGGGCAUGUGUGGUCUACCAUGAAAAAGAUUUCACCCUAUCAAGAAUAUUCUUUACAAAGGUAAUGGCGCUAAUGACCAUAAUAGAUGACACAUAUGAUACCCAUGCUACCAUAGAGGAAAUUCGACAGCUAAAUGCGGCCAUACAAAGGUUAGUAGUUUGGAUGGAUGAGAGCGCAACUUCUCUUCUACCUGACUACCUGAAAAGGUACUAUAAUGAACUCUUGAGGAUCUUUAAGGAUGCUGAUGGUGAAGCAUUCACUGACACUUACCAUGUUGCCUAUGUCAAGAAAGCGUUUCAAAAGUUUUCUACUUAUCAACUCCAAGAAGCCGAAUGGUUACACCAGAAUCAGAAGCCAAGCUUUGAAAAUGUACUGAAUUUAUCAGCCAUGUCCAUAGGUAUAGCAACCCUAUGUGUAGUGUUGAUGGUUGGCAUGGGUGAUGAAGUAACCAAGGAAGCAUUUGAGUGGGCACUUAGUUGCCCUAAUAUUGCUAUAGCAGGCGGGAAGAUAAUGCGUAUAUUUGAUGAUAUUGCUGCAUUUCAAGGCGAGAAGGUGGAUGCGGCAAGCACUUUAGAGUCUUACAUGGUCGAGCAUAGGGUCACAAGUGAGGUUGGAAUUGCCAGAAUCAAUUCACUGAUUGAAGCUGAAUGGAAAACAGUAAAUGAAGCUCGCUUUGAAAAUCGAGAACUGUUCCCGGUGGUGAAGCGGAUUAUAAACUUAAUUAAUACUGCAACCAUAUAUUAUGCGGAUCAGAAAGAUGGAUACACCUUCGGCUCAUAUCUUCGGAAGAAUGUCGAGAGCCUCUUUGUCAAACCCAUUCCCAUGUAG